UUUGUGCAGCUCGGACCAACCCAACCAGCCCUCUACUAACUUAAGGAUUGAAAAAGACUCUGAAGUUUAUAAGAUGCUACAGGAGAACCAAGACUCCAGUGAGCCGCCCCGGCAAUCAGCCUCAUUCUUGGUGCUGCAAGACAUUUUAGAAUCUGAAGAAAGGGGAGACAAGCCUUCUGGAUUUAGAAGUGUAAAAGCUCCGACAACUAAAAUAGCAUCGUCAAUUGGAAAUGCGCAGAAGCUGCCCAUUUGUGAUAAAUGUGGGUCUGGCAUUGUGGGUGUAUUUGUAAAGCUCCGGGAAAAGCAUCUCCAUCCAGAGUGCUAUACGUGCAGCGACUGUGGAGUGAACCUUAAACAGAAAGGGCACUUCUUUGUGGAGGAUUGCAUCUACUGUGAGACGCACGCACGGGAACGGGUCACUCCACCUGAAGGAUAUGAAGUUGUUACUGUCUUUCCAAAGUGAAUUCAUGUGCCAACAUGGCUGUCUGCCAGGAGCCAUUUUCUGCCUCCAAAUCUUCCUUGUGCUCACAAAGUCUUGGCAAGCCUUUUUUCUGUGGGCCACCACUAAAUAUCGCUAACUCACAAAUACCUGCAUUUUUUU